AAAGACAGAAUGGUCAAUAGACAAGCCACUUUGAAGGACGUUAACCCACAACAAUGGGUCGUUGCUUACGCUGAACACUUGAAGAAGCAAGGUAAGAUUGUUUUGCCAAAAUGGGUCGAUAUUGCUAAGACUGCCGUCCACAAGGAAUUGCCACCAAUGAAUCCAGAUUGGUUCUACGUUCACUGCGCUGCUGUUGCCAGAAACAUUUACUUGAGACCUGGAACUGGUGUCCAAGGUUUGAGAAAGAGAUACGGUAUGGCCAAGAAUGGUGGUUAUGCUCCAUAUCAUCACGAAAGAGCCUCUAGAACUGUCCAAAGAAAGUGUAUGCAAGAAUUGGAAAGAAUCGGUGUUUUGGCUUCUGAAGAACAAGCUAAGAAUCCACACUCUGGUAGAAGAGUCACCUCCCAAGGAAGACAAGACAUGGACAGAAUUGCUCAAAGCCUCAAGUUGAAGAAGUAAAUUACCAUCAUAAAACCAAAAAAAUUAAUUUC